AUGUAUGGAAACGCCUGGCUGCGACGUAGAGCAAUCACAAUGACAUUUACAACGACGCGACGGUGGCAUCAUAUUUUUGUCGUGCUUCUGCUCCUGGCAAUACUCACCGUGGUGCAUGUAUUAUUGGUGGGCUCGACUGUCGAUCUCGAUCGGUACCACAGAAAAAUCAUCAACGUGAACGGCACGUCUACUGCAUCCAGUGCAAUGGACGGGCCGUCUACUGCGUCCAGUUCACUGGACGGAACGUCCAAUACAUCCAGUUCACUGAACGGGACGUCCACUGCAUCCACUCAAGAAUCAGAAUCGUCAGCAAAACCACCUCAAUCGCAACUAUUGUACUACAAUUAUAGUGCAUUCAAUUUUCUCCGUCUACCAAUAUUUCAAGAUGCAGUAGAAUGCCCAAACGCAAACGUACACUUCAUCAUACGAUCUCAUCCAAAAGCUGUUGACGAUAGGCAGUUUGUUCGGGGUUCGUGGGGUCAAACCUUGAAAAAUCACUUGCUUGCCAAAUGCUCGAAUGCAUCUGAUCCGUUACGGAUAUCUGAGGCGAAAUUGCUUAUGCCUCACAUGUCACUGGGCGCAAACGUGUGGCUGAUGCAGUUCACAUUUAGAUCAGAUUACAGUUUGUUCUUCCGUAUUGGAGCCAUUUGUUUUUGGGUUCUUUCGGAUAACGGAAAUGUUUUGGCAACCAAAACAUUGUUUAGGUUGGGCUUUAUGAAUCUGAGGUGA